UCUGAAGUUUGUGGAAUUUGUACGCCGAAGAGUUUGAUUAUUUUCAGCACAUGCGAGUAAAGGGUCUAAAAUGGAUCUUAAACACAAGAUCACAUUGUUGCUGCUCAUCUUCACAUCUUUGAUUGAAUUGACUACCGGUAGUGGAAAUUCAACAAUGUCAAAGAUCGGCGACAGAGGCUGUGAUCAGCGAUGUCUGGCACAAGCUGUGAUUCAAAAAGGACUACUGAGUGCGCCACAGGGUGAUAACUGCACCAUCGUAGUAAACAUCACUUCGAUACAAUAUGAGACACUGUCUUUUGAUACAAAGGUCAUGCAAAUGACCAGCCGUAUCAAGGUUAACAUGCAAUGGAAGGAUCCUGAUCUUGGGUGGCAAAGGAAUUAUCGCUUUCCAACAAUUGUCGUGCCGGUUGAGAAAAUCUGGAUUCCUGGGAUCGUUUUGGACAAUGCAAUAGACACAUCUAUGGAGCCAUACACUAAUGAUGUGCAGGUGAGGAGGGAUGGCACGGUGGAUCAUUCAGUUGUCUUGUUUACCACAGUGAGCUGUGAAAUCAACCUUUUCAACUACCCCUUUGUGAAUGGAGAAUGUCCUGUUGCCAUCAAUGGAUGGAGCCAGAAAGCUUGUGCACUCACACUGCAGAUCGCUGAUAAUGUAUCUUUGGUUGGGGGAUCUCGAGGAGAGUGGCAGACUAUGAGUGUCACCAAAGUUUCAGAUGUGGCACAACCAGAUCGCAGUUAUCUCCUGGUCAAACUGUCGAUCAACCCCUUCGGUGCUUUUGUGACCCUGAUUCUGCCCAGUGGACUGAUAUUGCUGGCCGACCUGGUGAGCUUCGCUCUGCCAUUUGAAGGAGGAGAACGCAACUCUUUUAAGGUCACAUUGGUCCUUAGCUUUACCAUGUUCCUCCUCAUCUUAAACGACCACCUGCCUAACGGCGGCAACUGCAGCCCUCUGCUCCAUUAUCACUUUAGCUUCUGUCUGGUGUGUUUGGUGCUGAGUAUGCUGAUCUCUAUAGUGCUCACACGUCUGUCAGUAGAUGCCAGUAUUUUGCCAUGCAGUUGCUCAAAGGUUCAUCCUUCCAACAGCACCAAAACUCAAAAUGAGAGCUUGGAUCAAGAGAAAGAUACUGGUUCAGAGAUUUCUUUACUCCAGAAAAUAGUCAAUGUUUUGGAGGAUAUGGGUAAAGGAGACGAUGAGAAGGAGAGGAACAUGGCUUUCGCGUACCUCAUGGACAAAUUCUGCUUUGGCUUUUUUGUAAGCGUUUACAUAAUUUAUGCCAUAAUUAUCAUUGGUAUCACACGAACAGACAUCUGUAAAGUUAAUAAUCUAGACUUUUGGGAUGAGUCUAAGGUUACAGAUUACUCCUAUGACUACUCAUACUACUAUGACUAAUAUCCAACAUACUAUCCUUCUCUUCCCUUUUUCAAUUGAUCUUCUCAGCCGGUGUGUGUGUGUGUGUGUGUGUGUGUGUGAGCGUGUAUUUAUCACUUUGUGGGGACCAAAUGUCCCCAUAAGGAUAGUAAAACCCGAAAUUUUUGACCUUGUGGGGACAUUUUGUCGGUCCCCAUGAGGAAAACAGCUUAUAAAUCAUACUAAAUUAUGUUUUUUGAAAAUGUAAAAAUGCAGAAAGUUUUCUGUGAGGGUUAGGUUUAGGGGUAGGGUUAGGUUUAGGGGAUAGAAUAUAAAGUUUGUACAGUAUAAAAACCAUUAUGUCUAUGGAAAGUCCCCAUAAAACAUGGAAACACAACAUGUGUGUGUGUGUGUGUGUGUGUGUGUGUGUGUGUGUGUGUGUGUGUGUGUGUGUGUGAUUAUAACCUGUAGAUUAUAGCAAAUUGUUUAAGGUAAUAAUCUGAAUAAUGUAUAAGGGGUAUUGUUCAUACAGUUGAAGUCAGAAGUUUACAUACACUUAGGUUGAAGUCAUUAAAACUAUUUUUUUAACCACUAUAGUAAACUAUAGUUUUGGCAAAUUGUUUAGGACAUCUACUUAGUGCAUGAUAAGAGUACAGGCCGAAACAUAGUGUGUUGGUAUGCAAACGUGAGCGAUUGGCCAACACGUGGUCCCAUUGUACAUACAAUACGUGCGCUCAUGUGUUGCUCUGACGGUCUACCUCAGACCACAAGAGGGCAAUAGAUUUUUUUUUGGUGUGACCAUGAAUCCAGUACUGCAUCUGAAACUAGGAAAAUUCAUUUUUAAUUGACUAUAUCACAAUUCCAGUGGGUCAGAAGUUUACAUACACUUAACUGUGCCUUUAAGCAGCUUGGAAGAUUCCAGAAAAUUAUGUCAAUCCUUUAGCCAAUUAGCUUCUGAUAGGAGGUGUACCUGUGGAUGUAUUUUAAGGUAUGCGUAACUUCAAACUCAGUGCCUCUUUGCUUGACAUUAUAGGAAAAUCAAAAGAAAUCAGCCAAAAUCUCAUAUACAAAUUGUCGACCUAUACAAGUCUGGUUCAUGGCUGAAGGUACCACGUCCAUCUGUACAAACAAUUGUAGGCAAGUAUAAACACAAUGGGACCGCACAGCCAUCACACUGCUCUGAAAGGAUUUGCAUCCUGUCUCCUAGAGAUGAACGUAUUUUGGUGCUAAAAGUCAAAUCUAUCCCAGAACAACAACAAAGGACCUUGUGAAGAUGCUGGAGGAAACAGGUAGACAAGUCCUAUAUCAACAUAACCUCAAAGGAUGCUUAGUAAGGAAGAAGCUACUGCUCCUAACCGCCAUAAAAAAGCCAAACUACAGUUUGCAAGUGCACAUGGGGACAAAGAUCUUACUUUUUGGAGAAAUGUCCUCUGGUCUAAUGAAAUAAACAUUUUAUUGUUUGGCUAUAAUGACCAUCAUUAUGUUUGGAGGAAAAAGGGUGAGGCUUGAAAGCCGAAGAACACCAUCCCAACCAUGAAGCAUGGCGGUGGCAGCAUCCUGAUGUGGGGGUGCUUAGCUGCAGGAGGGACUGGUGCACUUCACAAAAUAGAUGGUAUCAUGAAGUAACAUCUCAAUACAUCAGCCAGGAAGUUAAAGCUUGGUUGCAAAUGGGUCUUCCAAAUGGACAAUGACCCCAAGCAUGCAUUCAAAAUUGUGGCAAAAUGGAAUAAGAACAACAAAGUGAAGGUAUUGGAAUGAACAUCACAAAGACCUGACAAAGAAACAAAAAGCAUGUACCAGCAAGGAGGCAUACAAAUCUGUCUCAGUAACAGUAGCAGUUUUAACCACCACGCAAUUGCAUGGGGCCCUGGACAUCGGGAGCCCCUGCCCCAGUAGGAAAGCUCCACAUAAAUGACUUGUUAACUAGAAGUCCACCAGAUUAUGUCAGUUUUUCAAGUAGGACUUUUAGUUCGGGUUUGUAAUUUAUGAAAAAUGUAUUUAGGCCUUCCGAACUUGUUUCGCUCAUGCACUCGCACUCACAGAUACAUGCGAAUGGAUGAGUUAGAGGCUGUUUAUACUGAAUUGUACUAUUAUACUAUUGUUUUCCUAUGUAAACACAUGCUGGAUGAACGUCUAUGCCUGCUGCACUGCGUCUCACUAUUUCUUCAGUGUCUCACAGGACCGGCAUUUAUUUGGACACAGAAAAAGUAAAAAAAAACUUCAGGUCUUAAAAACACUGUUUCACUCAAAAAAUUUAUGUUUCAUUCGUUGCACUGCAUCUAGAUUGUUUUUAACAAAGAUUUAAUGUUCUGAACAAGGUCAGGUUCAAAGAGGUGAAUGUUACAUUCUUUAACAUUAUUCCAGAUUGUUAAUAGUAAUAAUAAUACUGUAUCAUGUUAUAAUGACAAACUGCACAACAAUAAAUUAUUGUUGGCUGUUAAUAAUAAUAAAUAAAAACUGAAUUCCAAAAUGUUAGUGAUUGUAGUAGGUUUUACACACCCUGUUCCUAAAUUUGUUUUAUAUUUUUUUUUAUCUCUGUAUUGUGGAAGACUGUAAAACAUGCAUUAAUUAACUUUAACUAGAUUUUUAUGUUUCCGUAAACAUUUUGAAUGUACUUGGCUACAACAGCUGAUAGGAUGAAUUUCAAAUUAUGAUAUAAAAUCAUUUUUUUAAGCAAAAUGGUGCCCGGUGUUGAUCAGUUGCUUGUAGACUCAGACAUCGUAAACCCGCCCCUGCUCAGUUACACCAGUUCUGUCUGGAGGAAUGGACCAAAAUUCCAGCAACUUAUUGUGAGAAGCUUGUGGAAGGCUACCCAAAAUAUUUGACCCAAGUUAAACAAUUUAAAGGCAAUGCUACCAAAUACUAACAAAGUGUAGGUAAACUUCUGACUUCAACUGUAUAUUAAAUACAGAUUUAUUUAUAAAAAUAUCAAUAUAAUGUCUUAAGUGCAUGAAUACCUACAGAACAUGUUGUACAAAAUACUCAUUGGCUAUGUGGUUAUACUUUGCUUAGAUAUCCAUACAAAAUUAAAUAUAUAGCUCAUGUUGAUGUUUUGAUUGAAUUAGUUGAUUUUCACUUAUUAAAUCUACACACUUUCUGCAUGUUAUGGAGAUUUUAUUUGUAGUAAUCUGCGAUAUUGAGAUAGUAACAGUAAUGAAUACACAAAAUAUGAAUUUUAACAACAACAAAAGAUAUUAUUUUGAUGUCAUUUGUGUCCCCAUAACUUACUACUGGUACAAUUAAAGUUAACAUGAAAUCAAAACAGAUCCUAUUUACUUUCAUAAUAUACAGUAUGUUCCUGAUGCUAUUGUGAACUAUAUGUCAGUGCACAUUGUUCUAAAUGAAUAA